CGGAGAUUCUUUUGUUCAUGACAGGCCAUGGCAGAACACGAGACACGCGUGCGUUCGCUGGAGGCGCAGAUUGCCACGCUUGAAGCGCAGCUCCAGUCGCUCCGCGACCAGCUCCUGAGGGCGCGCAAAGAUGCGAACGACGCGUCCAGGCUCCACGCUGGCUUGACCCCCCGCGAAGAGACUCCACAUCCUCAAGCCGCGUCGAUGGACGAGCAAUUCUUCCAUUCGUACGGGCCCGAGAUCUUGUCGGCUCUCGCUCAACCUACAGACGAGCCGCCUACGCAGUGGCCCCUCGGCCACGCCGAGUACAAACGCUAUGGCCGACAGCUGAUAAUGCCGGAAAUCGGCCUGCCUGGUCAGCUCAGGCUCAAGCGCGCGAGAGUUCUGAUCGUCGGUGCUGGAGGGCUUGGGUGUCCUGCCGCAAUGUAUCUUGCCGGCGCCGGGGUGGGCACGCUGGGUCUGGUGGACGGCGAUGAGGUCGAACUCAGCAACCUACACAGACAGGUGCUACACCGUAGUCACCGGGUAGGCAUGAGCAAGGUCGACAGUGCGGUAGAAGGCUUAAGAGAACUCAAUCCCCUUGUUGAAUACGUAACCUACAAGACCCGUCUAGAGCCUCAAAAUGCACUUCAGAUAUUCGCCCAGUUCGAUCUUGUGCUCGACUGUUCCGACAACCCGGCUACGCGCUAUUUGAUCUCAGACACCUGCGUACUCCUCGGCAAGCCUCUUGUCUCUGCUUCCGCUUUACGGACAGAAGGCCAAAUCAUGGUGCUCAACUACCCAGCGAGGCCAGCUGGGAUCUCAGGAGGUGGACCUUGUUAUCGAUGUAUCUUCCCAAAGCCGCCUCCUGCGGACAGCGUUGUCACAUGUGGCGAGGGUGGCAUACUGGGGCCCGUGGUAGGCGCCAUGGGCGUUCUUCAAGCACUGGAAGCGAUUAAAGUCAUCACCGCCGGAGAGACGUCCACAAAUCCGAAGUUGCCAGGCUUGUCGCCUGCCAGCACCUCGUCAUUUCCACAAUCAGCUCUAAAUCCGCCCAGUCUGCUUAUAUUUUCCGCCUACAGCAAUCCUCAGUUCAGAACCAUAAAACUGCGGUCGCGAUCGCCCAAAUGCGCAGCGUGCUCAUCCCAGGCCACCAUCACCCCGGACGCUCUUCUGUCCGGGUCGAUGGAUUACGUGCAGUUCUGCGGGUUCACCAGCCCCGUCAACCUCCUUUCACCAGAAGAGCGUAUCACCGCGAUGCAAUAUGCGGAGAAACGCAAGGAAAUUUCCCUGGCUGAGAAACAGCAUCGCCUGAUCGAUGUUCGCGAGAAGGUGCAAUAUGACCUCGGCCAUCUUUUCGGCAGCAUCAACGUGCCCUUUUCUCAGCUGAACGCGCUGAACAGCGGUAACGCUGGCCACGACACUUUGGAUCUCAUCGACGAAGUCAGGGAGUACAUUGGACGUGAGAGCAAUGAACCAGUGAUAGUGAUUUGUAGGCUGGGCAACGACAGUCAACUUGCGGUGAGGAAGUUCAAGGAACUAGGUUUGGACGAGGGAGGAAAGAUUUGGUUCGGAGAUGUGAAAGGGGGUCUCAAGGCUUGGAGGGAGGAGGUUGACGUAAAUUUCCCGGACUAUUGAUGCGAUCGACGGAGACUGGCCUUUGUCGAAUGCCGUUGAACGUAUCCACUGCUGUUGACUUGGGCCACGCCGCGAUGGACAAGAGAUCAGAUGGGAGCGUUCUAUCCAGGGCCCUGAAGGUCGCUCUGUAAUGGAAAAGUGAUGGCAACUUCGGCAUUGCCUGCCGCGAAGGGGGGCGUCUGCAUUUUCUUAGGCACAUGAUGGGGCUCUCUGUUACAGCGGAGGACGGUCAUCCUUAGAAACGCGGGAAUUGGAAAACAAGGACUGUUUUUGCACUUGCUUGUUGUCACGACUGGCCAAGCCCUCCCUUGGUUUCUACCAUGCGCUAUGCGGGAGGCCCAGGCAAGGAAAGGAUCGGGGUUCACAGCGUUUCCGAGCGACGCUGUCCAGCACGUUUGUUGGCGAAGAGCUACGUGUAUUUGGGGUUCGGGACACUUGUGGAAGUGCUCUAAACGUAGAGAACAGCGCUUGGUUUCUCCAAGCCAUGCGCGGGCUUGAAGGCGAGUGCUGGGUUAGGGGAUGACCCCCACGCUCACAUGCACCGGGGUGGGGGUGCCUCAGUGCUGUGGUUUGUCGACAGGCGAGGAGCGCGGCGAUGCCGAUCGCUGUGAGAUCUGGAUAGAACGGUGCCGAGGGAAAGCAGGACGGUGCUAUUGUACGUGAGAAGCAAAGGCCAAACGCGGGAAAUGACGUACCUCUGGUGCUCGAAAGCGGAAAGGUGGUCGCGUGCCGAACAUGGUGGAGGCAAGAAUACCUCCGUCGAUGCAUGAGAUUUUCACGCUCGGCCACGGGCAUUGGCUGCGUACCUUGCUGCAACGUCAUGC